AUGGACGAGUUCUUCCGCAUAUCUCAAUGCAAAUUUGCGAAAGAAAUAUGGGAUACUUUGGUGGAGACUCACGAAGGAACCACUGAAGUUGAAAGAUCCAGAUUAAAUACAUUGAGUCAAGAAUACGAAAUGUCCCGAAUGCAGCCCGGAGAAUCCAUUUUGGCUUUACAGAAAAGAUUUGUUCACUUAACGAAUCACUUAAUCGCUAUUGGAAAGACCUUCACAAAUGAUGAUCUCAACCUUAAAGAAAAGAAAUCCAAAGGAAUUGCUUUAAAAGUUGAAUCAAAGGAAGAAAAAGAUGAGGCCGCAUUGGAGGAAGACGAAAAUUUCAUGCUCCUUGUUAAAAGGCUUGGUAAGUUUUUUGGUAAAACUAACAAACCUUUUCAUGCUAAAAGAAAUAAACAUUUCAGGAAAAGGGAGGCUUCCACUUCCACACAAGAAGUCACAUGUUAUGAAUGUGGAAAGCAAGGUCAUAUAAAACCAGAUUGUCUGAGACUCUCAAAAAAGGGAGGCUUUAAAGGCAAGAAGGAUUUCAAGAACAAAAAGGCAUACGUUGCAUGGGAAGAUAAUGAGAUAUGUUCUUCAUCUGAAUCGGAGAGCACCUUUUCUCUUUUCGAUGAAGAAGAUGAGGUUAGUAGCAACUUUUCUCUUUUCGAUAGUGAUGCACAAGGUGCUAUAAAUGAACUUCUUGAAGAAUACAAAAUUUUGUAUAAAACUAUAUCAUCUCAAAAGAAAACAAUUUUAUCUUUAGAAGGAAAAAUCGUGACAAUUGAAAAAGAUGUCAACGAUGAAAAACAAAAGAUGAUUAGUGAAAAACAGAAUUUUGUAUGCUUGAAAACCACUUCAAACCUCUGGUAUCUUAACAGUGGUUGUUCCAAGCAUAUGACGGGAGACAUUAACAAAUUUUCAAAUCUAGCAUUGAAGGCCAAGGGUUAUGUCACCUAUGAUGAUAACAACAAAGGGGGAAUUCUUGGAAUAGGUAAAGUUGGAGCACCACCUUUCACAUCCAUUUAA